UCCUGAAUCUGCCCUCGAUUUUGUUCGGUUGAAAGGGGCUGGCCUGAACGCCUUUGACCAACUGGCAGCUGACACCUGCCAUGCGCUGUCCAGAGGCCUUGCGCACUGCCGCCAAGCAGCGCUUCGACCCGCAGCUCAGCCGCACCUCUGCCUGCGUCCAAGCCACCGUCGCGGUCCUGCUCGUCGUUCUGAACGCGCCCAUUGACCCAAGGACAAAAGGGUCUGUGCUGAGCUCUAGCGUCCAGAGUUGGUGUCGAAUCUUGUUGAUUUAUGGCGGUGAAAUUCCACAAGCCGAGCCGACGAAGACAAAAUGCGCACGUCAAAAUGGUCGGACUUUUGCUUGGACUUGACGCGGCGCGAUUUGUUGAAGUCGCAGUGCUGCCGUCGACGUGCCAGCCGUAUAAAGCGAGUUGCAGAGCCGAAUCUAGCAAUUCCAUCCUUUCGCCGGUUGACUCUGUGAUUUCUAUUUCUUCUGCUGGGAAGAGCCGAGCUCGACCCUCGAUCCUUGUGAUCGGGCUUGAAGGACGUACCGCGAUGCUGAGCUUGACCCUACCCAGCGCUUCUUCACUCUGCAACGCAAGGACAUAUGCCCACCACCUUUGUAUGCUGAAGCUCUGGUGCAGCACGAGAGAUCUCAUCAGCCACUCGAGGCAAGUCAGACCUGGCUGCCAACCUCGUCAAACGAGUUUGAGGCACACGACACAAGCUCUCUGUCCAAGGUGAGCAGGCCAUUUCGGGCGAAGCAGUUGGGGAUCAGC